AAUCCAAUCCAACAAGAUUUGGAAUGGGUGGAAUGGUUGGGAUGGUUUUGAUGGUUUUGAUGUAGUACACGUAUUUGUAGUUGGUGUAGUCGUGUAGUGUCGCCGUAUUUAGUUCAGUUAUCCGCUGCUGUUCUUUAUUUACGUCGGAAUUGAAUGUCCGAUUCCACGCUUGCGGCCUUGCGGUAUCGAAGUCCCCAACAGUUCGCGUUAGAAGGCCGCGUCAAUCGGAGUGAUGGGAAUCUACAUCGUGAUCAGCCUCGACUCGCAGCCUGUAUGCGCUGACCUCUACUUCCCCAUGGGACUGCCAGCGGGAAGUUCAAUCGAUCUGUGCCUCGCGGCGUCGUCCCCCUCGAAAAGUGCCAAGGAUGACCCUAGGUUCGCUCUAAACUACGCCUACGUCAACGGCCGAAAAGUCCCCGUCGCCAGAAACAACUACGACCACAAGUACGGCGCGACCUACCUCUCUCGGGGCAUCAGCGUUCGAGCCCCUCGGGUCAACGGCCAACGAAUAUGCCAACUCAAAAACCUGCGACUCCCGGUCCCUUCUUUGGCGGUCUCUGCCGAAACCCUUUCCGUUCCUGAGAACAUCCUGGGCCAGACGGACCAGCAGGGCUCGACCGACGCCGUCGCCAGCGGCGCGCUACCGAGAUCCAAAGAUGCGCCCCCCGACGUCGAGAUGGUCUUCACCGAAGCCUCGCAGGCAUGCGCGAAAGCCAUCGACGACAUCGUGAGCGCCAACGAACCCGAGACUCAGACAGUGUUUCUGUGCACGCAGUGUUCGCACCAAACAUUCGACAAGGAUGUGGCAGUGAGCCACUGCAAGUCGCACCUGAAGGGCCCUCGGCCGAAGGCGGUAUCCGGCGCCAAAUCGGCCAGUGUCUCGAGUAAGCUCCGUUACGUUUGCGUCCACUGCGGCAAGAAGUUCGUCUCGAACCAACGGCUUCAGGUGCACCUCUUGUGUCACGCGGAGUCUUCCGCCAAACCGGUCCAGAAAGAGAGCUACCCGGUGGUGCGGCCGAGCGGCAAAGAGGCCGACCUCCCGUUUCGCUGCCUCUACUGCACAGAGACCUACCCCACGAAGGCGUCGUUGGAAGCUCACAUCAAGUGGUGUCAGCCGGAGUCGCCCAAGGCCGAAAUCGCCGCCAGUGCAGACGCGGAUGAGCUUGAGUCCCACAUUCUCAUCACCAAGGUCCCCGGUGAAAAGUCCUCGUUGCAGUGCUCGGACUGCGGGGAGCAGUUCGCUGACUUCAACACCUUCAAUGCCCACCACCGACUGCAGGACUGCGCCGGAGGCGACCGCGACCAGGCACUCAGCAUCACGACGGCCAAACGAAAGAGAAGGGAAUUUGCCUGUGUUCACUGCGACCACGUCGCGUCCUCUUACGCCAGGCUGUGCGAUCACAGCGUGGAGCACUCUGAGGCGACCUUGUACCGCUGCAAUGUCUGCCGCAAGGUGUUCCUUCACAAGGCGAUGCUGGAGCAGCAUGCGCUCAGUCACAGCCAGCCGGACACGACGCCGCAGCGUCUCUACCCAUGCUGCUACUGUGACCGGGUAUUUAAGAGCCACCGGGGCAUCCAAGCGCACACAAACUUCCACAAAAACGUGCGUCCCUUUGAGUGUAGGGAGUGUGGGGCGUCACUGUCGUCCAAAGCCAACCUGAAGGCGCACAUGGUCAGCAUCCACGGGGACCCCGGCGACGAUGCCAAGUGCCCCCACUGUCCGAAGGUGUUCAAGCUGCAGCGUUCCCUCAACAUUCAUUUGCGAGCAAUCCACGGCCCAGAGAAGGUGCAUGAAUGCCAGCUGUGUGGCAAGCGACUGGCCACGGAGCGCAAGCUCCUCAAGCACCAAGCGCUUGUGCACUUCAACGACAACACAUCUGCUGCGGCAGGCGCGGCUUUGUCUCAGAGCGGGCAGAUGUCUCUGCUGCGGCUUCUCACCUGUCCCAAGUGUCCCUUCCGCACCUACAGCUACCCUCGUCUCGCCAGGCACAGGGUGCAGCACACGGGAGUGUACCCGCACCAGUGCCCGGAGUGCGACAAACAAUUCAUCUUCAAGGACCAGGUGACGCGCCACGUCCAGUCGGUGCACCGCAAGAGCCGGCUGACCUGCCCGCACUGCCCACGGCUCUUCUUCUCCGCCAAGCUGCACCAGCUCCACCUGGAGACCCACCGGCAGAAGCAGGGCUUCCCUUGCACCUCGUGCGGCAGCUACUACGAGACCACGGCCGCCCUGGAGCACCACGCGCAGAGCCACUCGCCGGACCUGCCGUUCGAGUGCAGCCUCUGCCAGCGGCGCUUCAAGUUCUCCCAGGGGCUCUCUGUGCACCUGCGCUUCCACCACCGGGGCGCCUCAGCGAGCGCAGGCAAGGGGGUCGGGGACCACACGUGGCGCCACACGUGCGACGUCUGCCACAUCCGCUUCAAGUACCAGAGCAGCCUGGCGGCGCACCGGCUCAACAAGCACACCGAGGCGGACAAGCUGACGUGCACCUACUGCAGCCGCACGUUCAGCUCGCAGUGCGUGCUGUCGCUGCACAUCCGCUCUCACACGGGAGAGAAGCCCCACGUGUGCCCGCAUUGCGGCAGGGCGUUCAGCAUACCGGCCAACCUCAAGAACCACCUGGUGACGCAGCACACCAAGGACUUCAAGCUGUUCUGCCCACUGUGCGGGAAGGGGGCCGUGAGCAACCUCAAGCUGAGGCAGCACCUGCUGCUGUCGCACAAGGCCGUGGGCGGGACGUGCAAGGGCGCGGGGAGGGCGGCAGCAGCCUUGCCGGCGGCGGACCAACUGGACAUUCCGGAAAUGGAGGAUGUUCCAGUGCCCGUGACGCAUGUGAUUGUCGAGGACCCUGCCUCUAUUUUUUCCCAGAUCAUUUUGUGAGUGGGGAGUGGCGUGGCACGUGACAAUUCUGGGUUUGUCGCAGGUUGGUCGAGUGUGGGUCUGUCACCUUUCUUUGGACUUAUUUUGGCCGUGGAGGUGGCCAUCUAAAGUGAGUGUUUUGUCUAACAACCUCAAUACUGGAGUAGGAGAACCGAGGAAAAUAGAGAAUUGAGAAAGGGAUAUAAAAAAAAAGAGGGAAAACAGAUAAAUAAAAAACUAACCUCUCUUUGUUUUUUAUCAUAUAAAAUAAAUGGUGCAACUCAAAUGUACAA